CCCGCGCCUGGCCCGGAAGGGCUCCGCGGCCGUCACCGCGGUAACGGCGCCGCGCCGGCGGCAUGGCGGAGCCGCAGGCCGCAGCGAUCUCCCCAGCAGCCACAGAGCCUCCAAAACCUCGUCCUAAAAAAGCACCAGAUGUGCCCAUCCUAGAGAGGAAGAACUGGCUCAUCUACCUGCUCUAUGUUCGCCAGGACUACGAGGAGUGCAAGGCUGUCAUCAAGGAGCAGCUGCAGGAGUCUCAGGGGCUGUGUGAAUAUGCAGUCUACGUUCAAGGGUUGAUAUUCCGCUUGGAGGGGAAGAUUCAGGAGUCUCUUGAGCUUUUCCAGACGUGUUCCAUCCUGAACCCUCGGAGCUCUGACAACCUCAAGCAGGUGGCACGGUCCCUGUUUCUUUUGGGGAAGCACAAGGCAGCCAUUGAAGUGUACAAUGAAGCAGCCAAGCUGGAUGAGAAGGACUGGGAGAUCAGCCACAACCUGGGGGUGUGCUACAUGUACCUGAAGCACUUCAACAAGGCACGGGACCAGCUCAACAAUGCCCUGGAGCUGAACAAACACGAUCUGACUUACAUGAUGCUGGGGAAGAUUCACCUCCUGGAGGGGGAGACAGAGAAAGCCAUUGAAGUCUACAAGAAAGCUGUCGAGUUUUCUCCCGAGAACACAGAGCUGCUUACAACCCUGGGCUUGCUUUACCUGCAGCUGGGGGAUUAUCAGAGGGCCUUUGAACACCUUGGAAACGCACUUACUUAUGAGCCAGGCAACUACAAGGCUACCUUGGCAGCUGGCAGCAUGAUGCAGGCCCAUGGAGACUUUGAUGUGGCCCUGUCCAAGUACAAGGUGGUGGCCACUGCAGUCCCCGAGAGCCCCCAGCUGUGGAACAACAUCGGGAUGUGCUUCUACGGCAAGAAGAAAUACGUAGCUGCUAUCAGUUGCCUGAAGCGGGCCAACUACUUGGCUCCCUUUGACUGGAAGAUCUUGUACAAUCUGGGCUUGGUGCACCUCACCCUGCAGCAGUAUGCAUCUGCUUUCCACUUCCUGAGUGCUGCCAUCAGCUUCCAGCCCAAGAUGGGAGAGCUCUACAUGCUCCUUGCAGUGGCUCUCACCAACCUGGACGACGCUGAGAACGCCAAACGUUCCUACGAGCAAGCAGCAGCCCUGGACAAGUCCAACCCCCUGAUCAACCUCAACUACGCUGUGCUGCUCUACAACCAGGGGGACAAGAAGGGAGCCCUCUGCCAGUACCAGGAGAUGGAGAGGAAGGUCAAUGCUUUGAAGGAGAGCAGCACUCCUGACUUUGACCCUGAGAUGGUGGAAGUUGCCCAGAAGAUGGGAGUUGCCCUGCAGGUUGGGGAGAGCCUGGUCUGGACAAAGCCUUCUAAAGAGUCUAAAUCCAAGCAGAAAGCUGCGGGCACAGGGAAGUCCUCCAGCACUCAGCAGCCCCUGGGCUCUAACCAGGCCCUGGGGCAAGCCAUGUCCUCAGCUGCUGGGUAUGGGAAAACCAUGCAGCUCCCCACAGGUGCUGGAGCUGCAGCUCCUGCUGCAAAGCCUCCUUCGCUGCCGCUGGAGCCCGAGUCAGGCUCAGAGACGAGCCCCGAGGAGACCUCGGCACCAGCAGAGGCUGAAGAGGAGAGGAAGGGGAAGCAGCAGAGCCAGGAGGCAGAGGAGUAGGAUGGACUCUGCUCAGAACAGGCAGGUGCAGGAGCAUCUCCAAAGCUGCCUGCUGAUCCGUGGGGAAAGGCAGCUGCCCUGGCCCCUGGGGCACGGUGCCCUCACCCCACUGCCACCGAGUGUCAAUGCAGCUCUUCCGUUCCUCCUCUCA